AAAGAAGAACAAAAGAGAGAGAAAGCUAUAAACUAAUAUAUCUUAUCUUUCACCAUGAAACUCUCUCUCAUCAACCUUCUUUUAUCUCUUUCGUUAGUAUUUUUGGCUGUCUCUUCUUCUUCUUCUUCUUCUCCUGAGAUUUCGAAGUUCAAAGUAAUCAACAGGAGAGUUCUAAGAGAGUGCCUGGAUGUGAAUCCUUAUAUCUCCAUUAAUGUCAGCAAAAGCUCCAUGCUUCCUGAUGAAGGAAACAUCACUGUAACUGUGAGCGGUGUAGUUGAUCCUGAUAAGGAUGAUUGGAUCGCCAUGAUCUCGCCCUCCAACCUUGACGUAUCGGAUUGCCCAUUGAACGCGGCCAUGUAUGCUCAAACUGGAGAUCUCAGCAGUCUGCCGCUUCUGUGCCAUUAUCCAGUGAAG